AUGAAUGCCAAACACAUAGUGGAUCAGUGUCAUCCAAGACAAGGAAAAGGGGUGAUCAAGCACAUUUAUGACUAUCUUAGAGGGGAGAAGAUCAAACCUGAAUGGAGAUGCUUAAUGUUUAAAAAUGCAGCAAGGCCAAAAGCUGGUUUUACAUUAUGGAUACUGAUGAACAGGAAGCUAGCAACAGUGGAUAGACUGACCAAAUGGGGAAUGGCACUUCAUAGAGACUGUGUAAUGUGCAAAAGGGCAGAAGAGAGUAUGGAGCAUUUGUUCAUCCAAUGUCACUAUGCUGAAGCAAUAUGGGAGAGGUUACUAAGGUGGAUUAAUGUUCAUAGUAACAUGCCUAAGUCUUGGACUGAAUUUAUUCAAUGGUGUGUUAAAAAUGGGAAAGGGAAGACUGUUAGAGCUCAAGUUUUCAAAGGGGUACUUGCAGAAGGAGUCUAUGGGUUGUGGAGUGAAAGAAACAAGAGAAUUUUUGAAGAGAAGAGUAGCUUGAUUGAUGAAGUUGUUAAGAGGAUAGCUUAUGUAACUAUAGCUAGAUUUCCCAAUAGACUUACCAAUGUCAAUUAA